AUGGUGUCGUUCUCGCUGUCUUUCCUGCUUCUCCUGUCAGCAUGCGUUCCGUCUGUACUUUCGCUGGAACAGCACGAGCCGCUUGAGCAGCGCAAACCGAAGGGAGACCCGAAUGAUCCUGGGCUGGCCCGCUAUGUCUCGAGACCCGACCUCGCUGCACCGAUAUGGGACGUCAAGGUCUACCACGAAGACCAGGUCGCGCCAGGCUACUGGUUCGUAGCUCCAUACAAAGCCAUAAACCAAGUCGACACCGAGAGAUCGUGGGUCGGUCCUCACAUGUACGACGGCAAGACGGGGGAGCUGGUAUGGAGCGGGUCGACUUCGUACUUCUUCACACAAGGCAACGUCGAGGACUUUCGGCUGAGCAAUGUACGAGGGAAGACGAUGUUGACACUCAUGUCGGCGGGGAAGGGCCUGGCUGUAAUACUUGGGACGGACUACCAGAUGUCAGAGACGAAACAUGUGGAUGCGCCGAGGAAUGUGAAUACGCAUGAGUUGAACUUUGUAGAGAACGGGACGCGUGCCUUGGUGAUCAAGAGCCAUCCGAUGGAGGCAUCGAAGGAGAUAUCGAAGAAGGUGGGGUACAAUGGCCAUUGUAAAGCUGCCUUCGACGGGUUUGAGGAGUACAAUACGGACACAUGGGAGACCACCUUCGACUGGCGGUCGUACGGCAAAGUUGGCUUGGAAGAGAGUACACUUGACGAUGGGAGCAUCAGCAACAAGUGCCAGCAUAAUUGGGACUUCAUCCACUCAAACUCCGUCGACAAGACGCCCGAGGGUGACUACUACUGGUCGUCUCGCCACUGCGACACCAUCUUCAAAAUCUCUGGCAAAGAUGGUCACAUCAUCUGGAGACUGGGAGGCAAGAACUCGGAUUUCAAGCACAUUGGAGAAGACAUGGUGUUCUCCCGCCAGCACAACAUCAGAUGGCGAUCCCAGAACGAUACGCAUACCAUUGUGUCCAUCUUAGACAACGCCAAAGGUAUCGAUGUGCAGAAGCCGACAUGGGAGAAUUCUCGAGGCAUGCUCAUCGCUCUGGACGAGAAGAACAUGAUCGCGAGCGUGAUACAGGUAUACGACCACCCAGACGGAAAAGGUGGUUAUGCCCCUCGACGAGGCAACUACCAAGUCCUCGAAAAUGGCAACAUCUUCAUGGGCUGGUCUGAGAAGGCGCAGCAAAGCGAGCACACCUCUGACGGCAAGCUCGUCAUGGAAGCCAGCUUCAAGGCCGAAUGGCUAGGCUCUUACCGCAACUACAAGUUCUCCUACGUCGGCCACCCCAUCGAGCCGCCCGUCGCUCACUCCCAAGCCUACGGGACCCCGAACAACUCCACGACAACCGCUGUGCACGUGAGCUGGAACGGCGCGACCGAAGUUGCUCAGUGGAACUUAUACCGCACCGUCGCUAACGGCCAGGUCGAGAUCCUCGUCUCUACCGUCGAGAGGCUAGGCUUCGAAACCGUGCUCGCAUAUGGCGGGUACGCGAGCUACAUCAUUGCCGAGGCGCUGAACCAGAACGGCACCGUCAUCGGUCGUUCCAGCGUCACGAAGACAUACGCCCAUCCGAACGUGACGGCCGAUGCUGUGGCGGAGGAGGAUAAUUGGCUGAAGGACCUUGAAGACGACAUGCUGUGGCAUGCUCGUGGGCUGCUUAGCAAUCCGAUCUUUUCGUUUCUGAUUGGGUGUCUCUGUACUGGGGUGUUGAUCUUUAUGUGGUGGCAGGCGAAGCAGAGGAACAUGUUCCGGAAGUACUUUGGCAGUUUCCAGGAGCAGAAGUACUCUCGGGUGCCAGGCGCCGGCGGCGAGCGAGAGGAGGACGUUCCCUUGCAUUCGUGGCGUAAGGAGGGAGGGCCGGAGGAUCGAGAGUGA